AGGAGAAGUGCCAACAUGGCGUUUACUUUGUACUCCCUGAUUCAGGCGGCGAUUUUAUUUACGAAUGCCAUUGCUGUGUUGCACGAAGAAAGAUUUCUCAGUAAAAUCGGCUGGGGGGCGGAUCAAGGCAUCGGCGGCUUUGGAGACGAACCAGGAAUCAAAGCUCAACUUCUAAACCUUAUCCGAUCUGUCAGGACGGUCAUGAGAGUGCCUUUGAUAAUAGUAAAUGCAGUGAGCAUGGUGUUAUUAUUGCUGUUUGGAUGAACGCUGACUCGGUAUGGCUCGUGGACUAACUGGUGAAAGAAAAUGGACUUUUUUUGUUGUUGUUUCUUUUUGUACAUGCAAUGUAAUUGUCUCCCCGUUGUUUCCUGAUCAGACGGGAUUCGAGUGGCUAUUCCAAAGUUUUAUAUGUCUGGAUAUCAGUAUAUCCUGCUGUUUUGUUUUUGUAUAAUGUUGCUCAGUAGAGCUUUCAAGAGAGCUCACGUCACUCUUAGUCUUGUUUACAUGAUUCAUUCUUAAUAUCCAAGCUCUCGUUAUAACCGGUGAUGCCCUUGGCACUCGUACAGCCAUAUCGUUAACUUCAAACCCGUCUGUGUAGACCUUAUUAAUGUCAUGUCAACAAUUCAGACUUUAAAAUCAGACGCAUUUAACAUUGAGACUGAAAUAAACGGUGAAGGGAGCAAGUUGUGGUUCGUGUCCUGUAACUAAAUGAACAGUCUGAUCUUGUAAACAGUGUCCGUGAUGAAGUGCUCUUGCUCAGUUUCAUGCAAAAAUUUUAUAGUAAAGACUGACUGACUGUUUUUGAUGAUUGAUGCUUCGGUAACCGACGACCUCAGUGAGCUAGUCGAUGCUUGUCAGAUUUUAAUAAAGAGAUUCUUUUCA